UGGCCAAUUCGUUGUUGAUUUUUUUUACUACUUAUAUAAAUGGACGGCCAAAAUCAUCAUCAUCAUCAUCAUCAUUUUAAUCAUCAUCAACCACAACAACAACAUCAUCAAUCAAUCAUAACACAAGUAAUGACAGAUGGUGAUUGUAGUCAUCAUAAUCAAUCACAGACAACAAUAACAUCACCAAUACCAACAAAUAUUACCAAUUUAAAUGUGAAUAAUUAUCAGAAUAAUGAUAAUGAUUCUGAUGUAAAAAUAACGAAAAAGAAACGACAUAAAAAUAUUCUUCAUACAUUAUUCUGUUGUUUUCGUUGUGUUCGUACACCUGAAGUUGCCUCUUCCGAGGAAAGUGUUUCACUUGCCUAUCAUCAACAUUUAUUGCCUAGUGUUCGUAGCCAAGAUUUGAAUAAAAUUUGCCUGGUCAUCGAUCUUGAUGAAACACUUGUGCAUAGUUCAUUUAAGCCAAUAAGUAAUGCCGAUUUUAUUGUACCAGUGGAAAUUGAUGGUACUACACAUCAAGUUUAUGUUCUUAAACGACCACAUGUUGAUGAAUUUCUACAACGUAUGGGUGAAAUAUAUGAAUGUGUCUUAUUUACAGCUAGUUUAGCUAAAUAUGCCGAUCCAGUUGCCGAUUUACUUGAUCGUUGGGGAGUUUUUCGUGCCCGAUUAUUUCGUGAAUCUUGUAUAUAUCAUAAUGGAAACUAUGUUAAAGAUUUAAGCCGACUUGGUCGUGAUCUAAACAAAGUUGUGAUUGUCGAUAAUUCACCUGCAUCAUAUUCGUUUCAUCCGAAUAAUGCUGUUCCAGUUGCAUCCUGGUUUCAGGAUAUGAAUGAUACUGAAUUAAGUGAUCUGAUACCAUUUUUUGAACGUUUAGCCAAAGUAGAUAAUGUUUAUAAAGUGUUGAAAAAUGCACAAAUUCAACAGCAGCAGCAACAACAACAAUCAACAAAUAAUAUGUUACCUUUGAUUACAACAACUAGCAAUACUGGUAAUAACAAUAAUAAUAAUAAUAAUACGGCUACAACGACAACAAUUAUGACUAAAACGGCCACAAUUGUUGUUGAUCAUCGUGCACCAUUAAAUUCACCGAUGACAACAUCGGUAUUAUCACCAAAUCCACCUGUAGCAGGUGGUGUUGUAUCAUUCAUACCGAAUGUUACUGUUUCAUCAUCAUCAUCAUCAUCCUUACAAUCAUCACAUUCAUCAACGUAUCAAAAUCAAAACCCUCAACAACAACAACAACAACAACAGCAGCAAUAUCUAAUACAAGGAAUAUCAUCGCCUGGAUCUACGACGACAACAACAACAACAACAUCGGCAAUAGUUGUACCAAAUGGUGGUACUUCUUAGCUUUAUUUUUCUAAAUUUUAGUUGACAAUACAUAAUCAUAAAAUGUCAAUCAAUCAAUCAAUUAUAUCAUCAUAAACUUAUUACAGGAAGAAAAAAAACAAA